UAGUCAAUAUACAGAAUCCGUUUUCGUGGGUUUGCAUAAAAGUAGGCAUCAGGCAAAAAUGGCUGCUUCAGCUCUGAGGCUUGGACAACAUCUAAAAGAACUUCGUUUUCAUUUAUGUCAGAAGUCACCUGCUAGCAAGGGCGUAAGGGAUUUUGUAGAGAAGUACUAUGUUGAUCUAAAGAGACACAACCCUAAGUUUCCCUUCCUUGUCAGAGAAUGUAGCAACGUCCAGCCCAAGUUAUAUGCUAGAUAUGAGUUUGGCAAGGAGUCCAGCCUACCCCUGACUGACAUGACAGCAGAGCAAGUGUUGAAAGCUGUGGAGACGAUGGCCAAGCGAUGAAUGAAAGCUUAAUUGUGUAGACUUUGUGUAAAUAAUGUCAUUAACGAGUUCCAUGGACUAUCAAGGAGUGUAGAUUUAGAUGUUCCUGUGAGAAAUUUGUUCUCUUUGUGAAUAAAAUCAAAUGAAAGCCUGA